AUUAGAGCGCCUGUAUAGAGUCUACUACUAAUCUACAAUUAGCGGCAUCUGUUGAGUAACACUGCUACUAAAACGGUGAACAGACGAAAUACCUAGCGCGCAUGUGUCAAGGGAAAGAAAGCAGCGGAGGAAGGGUGUUGAGGUUUUGGAAUGGCAGUUACAAAUUAGCACCGCAAAGCUCCCUAGCCGACUCCGAUUUUUGAAAAUAUGAAUAGUCACAGCUUUACAUUAGCUGAACGGCUAAUUCCGGCGACUUACUUACAACAAGCGGCAGCAGCAAAGAAAACGAGAGAGAGCCUCGUCAGACAACUCAUUGAACAGAGAAAAUGGCCAGAAGAGGGAUGGGAUGACACCACUAUAGAGAUGUUUCUCACUGAUUUGUCGCAGAUGGACAGUAAUAAUUUCCCUGGUAACUGUGGCAUUGGUGAGAGAGAAGCGAGAAUUGCCUCAGCACUUGUGGCAAGAAGACAUUAUCGACUGGGUCAUGGCAUUGGGCGUUCUGGGGACCUGGGGGAAGUACAGCCAAAAGCUGCUGGUUCCAGUCUCAUGAACAAGCUCACAAAUUCUCUUGUCCUGGAUGUGAUCCGUUAUAUGGGUGUUAAGACUACUGCUGGUUGUUUUGUUGUUCCUAUGGCCACUGGAAUGAGCUUGGUAUUGUGCAUGCUUACUCUGAAACAGGAAAGGCCAGAUGCCAAAUAUGUUCUUUGGUCCAGAAUUGACCAAAAAGCUUGCUUUAAAUGUAUAAUAACGGCAGGUUUGCAGCCCAUUAUAAUUGAAACCAUAACAUCAGGUGAUGAAUUACGAACAGAUCUAACAGCAAUGGAGCAUCAGAUAGCAACCUUAGGAGCAGAAAAUAUUUCUUGCAUCAUGACGACAACGAGCUGCUUUGCUCCAAGAGCUAGUGAUUCUGUAGAACAAGUUGCAGUUUUAUGCAGUAGAUACAAUAUACCACAUGUUAUAAAUAACGCUUAUGGUUUACAAAGCUCACGAUGUAUGCAUAUAAUUCAAGAAGCAGCAAGGAAAGGAAGAGUGGAUGUGUUUGUACAGAGCACUGACAAAAAUUUCCUUGUCCCUGUGGGUGGUGCAAUAAUAGCAGGAUUUGAUAAAGGGCUAGUUGAGCGAAUAUCUCGAAUGUAUCCUGGCCGUGCAUCUUCCAGCCCUGCAAUGGAUGUCUUCAUCACACUUCUCUCACUUGGUGUGUCAGGGUACAAAAACCUUGUUACACAGAGGAAAGAAAUGUAUAACUACCUCAAAGAAGAGCUCACCAAAGUAGCAUUGAAACAUGGUGAACGCCUGCUUGAUACGAAAAAUAAUCCAAUAUCUAUAGGUAUGACACUGACUUCUCUGGUUGGUACUGAUACCAAAACCAUAACAAUGCUUGGGUCUAUGCUUUUCCUCCGUUGUGUAUCUGGUACAAGAGUUAUUACAGGAACUGAUAUAAAGGAGGUAGCAGGUCACAAGUUUGAAGGCUGGGGUGCACAUAACAGUAGUUACCCUGUGCCAUAUCUGACAGCUGCAGCAGCACUCGGUAUGCGCAAAACAGAUGUAGAUCUGUUUGUACAUCGCCUAGACAAGGUCCUAGGAAAACUGAAGGGACGUAGUGCUCCGCCAACCCCAACCUCUGCAGAAGAGCUGGCAGCCAUGCGUCGUGUGAUGCGUGGCGGAUCGAGUGCACUUAAUGGAGAAGCGAGUGGUGGCAGUGAAAUGCAGAGCCAGAGCAGCAACAGCACGUCGCUCGCCAGCAGCAAGGACUCUUUGCGCAAGUGAUGGUUGGUGUCCGUCGAUGCCCGCUGUGACUGUCACCGCGGUGCAUCCGACGAUAGUGAUAAUGCCUCCAAUGGGAGCCUGCCUUAAUGGUAUAAGCUCCUUGCUACCGUCUUAAGAAAUUUUAAUUCCAGCCAUGAAGUCUCCAUGGGUGUAUCAGUUAUUCCAUAUUUGCUUGGGGUGAAGACUUGCUGUUACAUCUCUCUGAUCUGAAAUUUUAGGUACUUUAUGUUUCUACAAAAUGAUUUACCCAUUUUGUACAAAAGGACAACUAUUUUUAUGUUUGCCCUAUCCAAAAGUGGCAUGUGACAAGAGUAUCUGCAAUGUAAUCAUUACAAUGCCCUGACAUUUUGCUACGUGUAAAAUAUAUUGCAGUGACAUUAUUUGCAUUUGUUACAAAUUUGACAUGGUAGUGGCAUCAUAGUAGAAGAGUACCUAAGCCUUCCAGUAAUAUUUUUAAACUAGUGUGUUUUACAAAUUGUCAAAGGAUGUGGCUGGCAUUCAUUAAGCUGAAGAGAAAAUACAUUAAUCACCUUUACACAAAAGCAAUGUUUUCCAGAGAUCUUGGGGAGCAACAAGAAUAAUUGAAAUAAGUGUUGAUAUUGUAUGUCAGUAUGGGUCUCAUAAUAGAGUUUACUUAGUGGUGUCACUAUACAGACACAAGUAUAAAGCCAGUAAUAGACACAGAGCUUAAAUGCAAAUGACAAGAAAUGUACAGUACUGUGUUACAUGCUUGAAGAUAGUUUUAAAGAUAUAAAUAUUUAUGCUGCCUGGUUUUUGUUCUGCAGUUUGUUGAAUUGUCCAUAAAAAUAGUUUUUGAUACUUGUGUAGUAUACAUGCAUGUACAAAAGUUAAUGUUAACCAUGUUUCCCAGGUAAAAACUUUGGAUGUUACUGAUCUGUUUUGUUAGUAAAUUAUUAAAUGUAAUAGUUGGGUAAAAUCUGAUUUGUAUCAGCAUAGCCACAGCUUUUAAUGUAUAUGUAUUAUUUUUCCAGCCAAAUUAAGGUUUACUGUGAAGAUCUGAUAGGCACAAAUGUAUUGUGGAUGUUAUGAUCUUUUAUUGGUGUUGAACUGUGAGGAUGUGGUAUGUCCUUGCAGGACCAUCAUGCCUGUUAGUUAAUGUGAAUGUUAUAAUAGGCUGUAUGUCAUCAAAGUCUUCCAUCUCUUUGACUUAGUGAGGGGUUUAUAUUUAAUCCAUUUGUUAAAAAUAAUUCAUAGUUUAUGUGGUGCCUUGAAAGACUUUUAGAUUAUCAUUUAACUUUUGAUUGGCUGUAGCAAAACAGUAAUAAUUUGGUUUCAUUUCAUUUUGAUAAUUCUUCCUGGAAAUUGUGGUCUGGCAGGUUUUGCAAAGCCAGCAUUUGAUGUGAAUGGUGGGUUUCUUACAUUGUACAUGAGUUAACAUUCACAGCUGACAGACGCUUCAUUGCAGAACACAGGAUGGGAAAAAAUGAGACAAGGUUUUGUUGAGAAGUGAGAAUUCUUUUAGCUGAAUCUUUCUUGCAGAUUAUUUCUAACUGCCAGAAAAUUUAUUUUCUCUGUCUCUUGAAAGUUAUAUUUAACGUUGUUGAAUAUCUAUUCUUUAGAAUUUGUUGGUCAGGAAACAAGAGACCAGUUACACUUCACAGUGUUAUUGGGUACAUGGUAAAUAAUAUCUUUGAAAAUAAUAAGAGCAUUGAGAAUCAGUAACAGUCAGGAUGCACUUCUGUUUUCAGGGACUUAUUUUUUUAAUCAUCUGCUAUGAACUCAAUGGAAGAUGAAACUGUUGCUUUAGAAAUUAUGGUACCUUUUGCUAUUGUGAUAGUGAGAAGAAAAUAACUAAUUGCUAUGUACCUGGUAUGUAUUUUAAAAUUUCAGUGUAACAAUGUUUGACAAAUGGUUUAUGGUUUUGAUUUAAUUUCCUUGACCAUUUGUAUGGUGUUUGUUUUGUUGUAUGAGAUGCUAAAAUUACUGUUACUGUAGGAAUGAGAAUAUUACAUCGAAGUAAUUGAAAGUGAUGGGUUGAGGCUCAGAAAAUUUGUAAUAUAUAGCAAUACUUAUUUCAAUUCUGAUUAAGCUGGUUGAUGCAUUUUUGAUGUUGGCAACCAAGAAAAUUGGUUAUAAGAUGCUGUUAAAAACAUAUAAUAUGAUAAGGGAGAGAUAUGUACAGAAUAACAUUUUGUUAAAUGUAAAUUUGUUAAGUAUGUGAUAAUGUAUAACCUGUUUAUUGAGACUCCAUUACACCAAAUUAGUGGAGGUCGUUUUUUAGUUUUUUUGUGAGUGAUUUGUAUGCCAGUACUAGGCUACAUGGAAUGGUGAUACAUUAACUAAAGUUAAUGUCUGAAUAAAUAUUUACAGAAUGGCAUGAUUAGUACAAACACAUUUUAUAUCAUGCAUGUAAGGAAACAUGCAGAGGACAUUUAAAAGAAAACAAAUGUUUCGCUGUUGGAAACUGGAAUAGUGCAGUGCAUGAGUGUUAAGAAUACAUUUUGAUGCACUGUAAAAGCUUUUGUUAAUGUUCCUAAUUUUAUUUGUGAUAGGUUUUAUGGAAUUAAAAGUAGAGUCACCUUGUUUUACUUUAGUAACCAUUUUACAGGAUUCCAAGAUUCAGAUAUUUUCUUGUACAGAGCUACAAUCUGAAGUAAAUAGUAAUAUUUUCCAGACAAUUAUUUAAUCGUUGAAAUGUUCUUAUGAAACCGUAAUAUUUAAAUCUGUCAAAAUUAUCUGCCGAAUUUGUGAUUGAUUUUUGUAACCUAGAUUGUCAUUUAUUUAUAAAGGCUGUUAGUCUUAGCUACAUUUGAAGGGAAAAUGGGUGUUCUAGCAUUAAACUAUCUGCCAAAGAAGAUUAUGAAAGUAAAAGAAGCUACAGAAGUGAGUUUUAAGUGUUGCAGUCAUACUCCUGUUGAUCAACAUCGAUAGGCUCAGGAGAACACUUCUUUUGCUGUGUAUAGCCUAAUCUCUCAUAAGAAAUAAUGUGUGCUUGCAAAGCAUUUUCUUACCUGUUAUUACAUAAACAAAUAAACAUUGUCAUGUAGUGUUACAGUAUUCCGUUGAAAUGGGGAACUUCUGUAUAACAUGUGCCUGUAGUCUGUAUGCAUACACCCAACAGGUGCAUGAAAAACAAUAGCUAAAAAUUUUUGUUCAGUGGGAAACUUUUGUUUAAAAGUAUUGCCAUUGUUUUUACAAUGAAAGCCGCUUUGGCUGGAAAAGAGAAGAAAAUUUAAAUACUCUGUGAUUAGUAUAAAUGUUCUACAGUCUUGCAUCAUCAUCUGUUCGUCAGCAGUUAUCAAAGCAUUACUUUAAUUUUGCCCUGUAACUUGAAGUUUGGCAUGUGGUCUGAUUUUAUUUGUUUUAUUUUAUAGUAAUUUUGGUGAAAUGUUAAUCUUCUCUGUGCCCCAUUUAUAAGUUUUUCGCAGCGUACCAUUGUUUCUUUCUCAUACUACAAAGCUCUGUGAGAGGCAGGUAUGCAUGCUUCAGAUGUCUUUUAUGUUAUUCAUUUAUGUCUUUAAAAAGAUUCCUGUUCUGAAAAUGUUUUCUGAGAAUGGUUUAAGGACUGGAGGACAUCAGUUUGAGCUAAAGUGUAAUUUUAAUUCUGUAUUUAGUGGUAUAAGUCUGGAAUUAAACUCUUUAUUUAUUGUGGCGCAAGACAUGCAUACUGGCAUGAAAACAAAGCAUGUCACUGAUUUGUGUGAAAGGAGAAACAUGUUUUAAUGAUGUCUCAGGUGCAGCUUGGUAAAUCGAACUAGGGUUAACACCGAAGUGCCAAUUUCAACAUUUGUUGUAGGAGAAAUAACUGAAAAAUGCUGUAAGCUGGUGUUAAUUUUUUUAUCAGAAUUUGUCUUCCAUUCCUUGUAGACCACUAAUAAGUGACAGAAACCAAAGGAAAUAGUUCACAUUGAAAAACAGGUGUGCUCCGUACACUGACAAAGGAAGACUUAAAAGUUGGUUGUUGUAUCCAUGUUAUAUUUUGUCACUUGUCAGUCUGCCAAAACACUUUGUAUAAUUUACCUUUGUUCCUUUUUAUAUUUUUUAACUGUGUUGGUUUUAUAAAGGCAUUAAUGUAGAAAUUUGAUUUUUGCAUAAUUUUCUAGUAAAAGAAUAAACCUCAACAGUUUAUAAAACUUGCGUCUUUUUUUCCAGAUAUUGUUUCCUUGUAUUUUGACUGAGCCUUUUUCUUUCUUCAACAACAACAACAACAACAAUAAUAAUAAUAAUAAUGUAUUUUAAAUAUUGACUGAUUUCAUCAUAACAAAUUACCUUUUCAGAAAUGCUCUACAUUACCUAUUUCCCAUGAGCAAUUCCAUAUUUCUUUCUGUGAGAUAACUUUAUUUGGUUUGUUCUGUUUCAAUUUUUAGACACUAUUGGUUGCUUUGUGCUAGUAUGUCAUGUAGUCUGUUUGAGAGGUUUCAGGAUUAUUUUCUUCUCUGUGUUGUAAUAUGACCAUUAUUAAUUUGCUAUGUUUGUAAUAUAUUUUGAUGUGUGAUGUUAGAAGUUACGUUACCGGUGUACAUCUUGUUCUGAGGUCACUUAAUAGGCUUCCAUCUAAAUUUUUAUUGAUGUCACAGUUUAUGAAUUUGUUGCCUUAUCUGUUCAUUGGUUCUCUUAACAAUAUUUUAUUUAAUGAUAGUGAAUCUAAUUGUGGUAGUUUAUUGGGUCAAUAAUAAAAUGAAUAUUUGUAUUCUUGAAGUUAUUACAUCAGUUUCAGAAGGAAAUGUUGUUGAAAAAUGCUUUGCAAACAUACAACAUUGAUGUUAGUUGCCUCUGUUGUCAUGCAACUAACAGUAAUAUAUUACCAAAAAAAGUAUGUAUUAAGGAUAAAUGGUAGUGUUAAUUCAGUGUCUUCUGUUAAUUGCCAUCAGAUGAAAGAUUUUUUAUUAAUUUGUGGUAGCAGUUUGUGUGUGUGUGUGUGUGUGUGUGAGAGAGAGAGAGAGAGAGAGGGGGGGGGUGAUGGAGGGGGAGUUGAUAUCUAUGGAUAUUAGGUGUAUAUGCGUAUCUUAUAGUCUGAAAAUUUAGAGAAACUGACAGUGUGCUUCAUAAAGUAGUUGAAAUUAUUUUUAGAAUUUUUAUUGGACAGAUAGAGAAAAGAAAGGUGUGUGUGUGUGUGUGUGUGUGUGUGUGUGUGUGUGUGUGUGUGUGUGUGUGUAUUAGAGAGAGAGAGAGAGGGGGGGGGGGAUUUCUUUUUAAGGGAAUGGAGAGUGAUGAUGAAUAAGUACUGAGCUACAGCAUGUUGGGAUAACAUUGUUUCACAAACUUCUUGCUUUUGUGCAGUGUCUGUUGUAAUCUAUAAGUGUGUAAUACAUGAGAAAUGCUCUCCAUCCUUGUUCUUCACUUUUUGCUGUAGCUAGGUGUGCUAUGGAGGAAGUUAAUAUGGGGCCCAUUCUCGUUGUUGCAAGGGUGUAUUUUUUACCCCCCUGUGGUGGUAUAUGGCGAAACUUCAACGACAAGAUAAGGGAAGACUGUUGCAAUGAGUUCAUUUGACAUAUCGUCUCUCAGUGUUUCCCAGCCAGAAGCCAGUUACAGUUGUAGCACAGCAAGGCAUAAGUAAUGAAAUGAUUAUUGAUGAUGUACAAUGUGUAGCAUUGCAUAGAAGUGCUGUAAGUUUAUGGACAUUGUGUUUCCCGUUAUAAUAUGAAAUGGCAUAAUGAUAUGUAAAAUUUGUCAUUAUUUAUUGUUUAUGUAAAGCUAAACUGGCAUUCUUUUAAAAAGAUAAGACACUGUUUACACCAUAUUUUAAGAGUAUUUUAAUUUUCCUUAGUGGUGAGAAUUAAAAGUGGGAAGGGGUAGCUGAAACUGUUAAUGUUUAUAACUGUUACUGUACAAAUGUUCUAGGCUGCUCAAAAUCAUAGUGGCUUUCACUGUUAAGCAGGAAGGUAUAGUGUGUCUAUGUUAUGGUUAUUCCAUAAAUUUAAUAAAUGGAAGCUGCCAACUUAUGCUAAAAUAUUUUUAGGACCAGCAGCUUCACAUGUGUGGAUAUUUGGAUGUUAUGCAGGUAGUUACAGCCAAGGCUUAAUGUUGCAAAUAAACUUCAUGGACUUAUUACUUCUGAGCAAAUGUGCUAAGACAUUAUCAUCAUUUUUUGUGAUACCCUAAGUUAAUUUUUAUUGUCAGGUGCUAUGCAAGCACUAACACAUGCAUUCCUGUGAUAGUGAUUUUAGUCUUCUUUUCAGUUACAAUUUCAAAUUUAGAAAAUCUAAAAUUUAGUUGAGGAUUUGUAACUUAAUGAUAUGCUGUUAGAUUGCUAAUGUAAAAGGCACCAUUUUAGCUAUCAUGGUAUCAGAUAUUAGCUGUAUUGUAGUUAGAAGAUUUUAUUGAGCUUAAAAUACAGUUUCACAUACUGUAAGAUUUUUCUAGGUUUUGGAAGGAAGUAAUGAUCACACAUCUAACACAUUUAUUGUUUGGUAUCUCUUGCAUAUAUUACAAUUUCUUCAAAAUGUGCAGUAGUCACUGAUAGUUUUCUUAAAAGCUUUCAGUGUAUUACUUUCUUCCUGUUGGUAUCCAACAAAAAGAAAGUCCUAAGUUAGACAUACUUAAUGCCAGUUAUGACAAUUCAGCGACUAGAUGCAUAAUGGAUGAAUGAAUGAUGCUAUUAUAACAUUCUGUUAUCCAUACUGACAGAUUACACUAGUCUAAAAUUUGAAUUACUGACAAAUCAUGAUAUGUGUCAUGAGGUCCCAAUAUAUUUUGUGGCUAGUAGAUUUGGCUGGUGUACUGAAGCUAAUAUAUGCCAGUGCAUACCAAGAAAUAUAUUACAGGUAAUGAAGCAUAGCUGAAUCUUUUAAGUUUCGUGUAAAGGAACUUAAAGGCUUAUGAGAAGCAACGGAACAGUUAAAUUAAAAAUUUUGCGAUAUCAUUUGUGACAUGCAUUGACACUGCCCAUGAAAUUUUUGGUAUGUCAACACUUUUAUUUAAAAUUAUAAAACAAGUUCCAUAAGGCAUAAUGUGUGUUUUUCAGCUGUCCUAAAUCUUUAAUAAGUGUUUAAAUGCUUUUGAAACUAUUUAUGAGAUAAAAAGACUCACUAGUAUUACAUAUUUAUUGUACUAAAUAAACAGUGCCAGCCAUUGCGGGUAAUUUUAAAGUCAACGGACUAUCCUUAAAUGAUUCCACAAAUUGUGAAUAUAUGAUUAGCAAUAAUUUUAAUGCUCUUAUUUAUAUAUUUUUGUGUAGUCAUCACCAAGAACUUUUGUGAUUUCAUGAUGUCACAAAAAUGUUUUAUUUUUAUUAAAUACAAAAGUAUUUAUUUGACCCUGA